UGUCAUUCUGGGCCUCGUGGCUUCAACUUUUGACUUGGCAUAAAACAAUCAGCCGAUACAUAUUGUGGGCGAUCCUUCGAAUAUAAAAAAGCAAGUUAAAUUUGACUUAACAUCAUUAGUUAAAAAGUAUAAUUGCGGCAAAAAGGACGGCUGAACGUCAUUCGGGGCCUCGUGGCUUCAACUUGGCAUAAAACAAUCAGCCAAUACAUAUUGUGGGCGAUCCUUUGAAUAUGAAAAAGCAAGUUAAUUUGACUUCACAUCUAAGAAGACAAGAAAGAAAAUAUUUUGGUGUAUUGUUGUCAAGCGAUCUUAACUUCACGGGAAGUUAUCCAAGCGAUCAAACUUGCCUUCUAUUGCAGUAGGAAGGUCCCCAACUCCCAAUGACUUUCACAAAGGAGAGAAGGGAGACUUAGGAAUGCUGAUCCUCCUAAUCAGAAGCUUAGAAGUAGCGCACAAGAAGGGGAAGAGCAGGUGUGGUUGAGAAGAUACUUGAUUGCAGAACAUAUAUUAAUCAUUGGUUGCCAUUGAGCGAGAAAGCACCAAGCUUAUAGGAAGCACAACUGGCUGUCAACGGGAUACCUGUUAGGGAAGGAGCAGAGCAAAUUACUGAAGAGAAGAAAAGAAACAUGGAUAACUGAAAAUCACGAAAAAGGAGGAAUGGCUGAGAGCAUUGUGAGCUUCCUUCUUGAGAAGUUGAAUGGCUUGGUGUUGUCUCAAGUGCUUUUGCUUGCUGGUGUUAGCCAAGAAAUAGAAGACAUCAGGGAAGAACUAGCAAGCAUGCAAGCCUUCUUAAAAGACGCAGAUCGAAGGAAAGAUAAGGAGGAAGGAGUAAAAGAGUGGGUGAAACAAGUGAGGCACACAACGUGCGAUCUGGAGGAUAUCAUCGACAGGUUCAUGCUUCGAUUUGGGAGGCAAUCAGAACGUGGAUUCAGAGCCUUCCUUUGGAACGUCUCCAAUUCUAUCAAACACUUACAAAGUCGUCACAAUCUUGCAAACGAGAUACAAACAAUCAGGAAAAGGAUCAGCGACAUCUCAAGAAGAAGAGACAUGUACCUAUUCGAUAGGACGGCUGAAGCCACAAUUUCAAGCAUUGUUGCUGCAAGGCAUCAUGAUGAUCCACAAACAAGAGAAGUGCCUUUUACAGAUGAUGUAGAUGUCAUGGGAUUUGAUAAUGAAAUAGAAAGUUUAGUCAAAGAACUAACAAAAGAAAAUGAAUCGGAAGCUGAAUUUCCGAAGCUGAAGUCAAUGUUAGUGGUAGGGAUGGGUGGUUCUGGAAAGACCACGCUAGCCAGAAAGGUUUACAAUGAUGCAGAAGUGAAAAAACACUUUGAUUCUUUUGCAUGGGUGUCUGUUUCCCAAUCUUUUCAUUCUGAUGAUCUUUUGAGACGCUUGCUAAAAUGUUUCUUUAAAGAGAGAAAGGAGAUGGGGGAAGAUCGGGUUGGGGAGAUGGAUGCAGAAGAGCUUGGAGAAAAACUUUUCAACUACCUACAAGGGAGACGGUACAUCAUUGUGUUAGAUGAUGUUUGGAGCAGGACUGUAUGGGAUGCCAUCAAAUUUGCGCUGCCCAAGAAUUCUAAAGGAAGCACGAUCAUGAUAACAACUCGCAUUCGAGACAUAACAUUUGCACUGGAAGCAGACGGGCUCACAUGCUUUCUGCAUCAGUUGAAUCCUUUACCUGCAGAAACUGCCAUGGAAUUAUUUUGCCGAAAGGCAUUCAAAUGGACGCGUGAUGACAAAGCUUGUCCCCAUGAGCUGAGAAAAUUAUGCAAGAAUCUAGUUGAAAAAAGUGAAGGGUUACCACUUGCAAUAGUAUCUCUGGGAAGCCUAAUGUCUACCAAGCAGAGGACGGAGCCGGUGUGGAGAAAGGCUUGUGAUGAUCUCCGAUAUCAAUUGAGCAGUAAUCCUUCCCUUGGUAGGGUGAAAAACAUCUUGACUUUGAGUUACAUAGAAUUGCCUCCUCAUCUCAAACCGUGCUUCCUCUAUUGUAGCGUUUUCCCUGAAGAUUAUCAAAUUCAAAAGGAAAGGCUGAUUAAUCUUUGGAUCGCAGAGGGGCUUGUGAAGGGAAGGGCCUCCUUAAGUGCUGAGGAGGUUGGAGCGGAUUGGCUUCAAGAACUCAUCAACAGGAACCUGCUGCAAGUUGUGGCAACCAACCAUGAUGGUAAAGUAGGUAAAUGUUCUCUUCACGAUCUGGUAAGGGAACUUGCAAUCAGCCAGGCAGAAAGUGAAGACUUGUGUGCAAUUCUAGAAAGAGCAGCCUCAACUCCCAACAGAAGAUGUCGACAUUUAUCUAUCCAAAGCAUCGGAGAGGAUAUCUUACCAAGUAAGGUGGAUUCAAGAUGCUUGCAUUCUUUGUUUGUUUUUGAUGAUACUAUCAAGCAGCCUUGUCUGUUGAGGAUGCUAUCGGGUUUACAACUGGUUAGAGCUUUAGAUCUGCAAGGGACUAAAAUUCAAGAGCUGCCAAGCAAGGUUGGGGAGCUGUUUCAUUUGAGGUACCUGAAUUUAAGUGGAACCAUGGUCCAAAGAUUACCAAAGUCGUUUUCCAACCUUGUAAAUCUGCAGGUUCUUGACAUACGAGGGACACCUAUUGAAGCCUUAACUAAAGAGAUCGUGAAAAUGACAAAUCUGCGCCAUUUGUAUAUGACUGAAAGAUACAACGAGCACAUGUCGAAGCAAGUAUCUCACGGCUUGGGGAACUUGAGCUGCCUGCAAACGCUGGUUGGCUUGGCAGGUAACAAGAGAAAGACGAUAAGAGAUUUGACGAGCCUAACAAACCUCAGAAAAUUAGAGAUAUACCAAGUCGGUAAGGAGGACAUGGAUGAAUUGUGUGCAUCUAUCAGAAAGAUGAACCACCUUUUCAGUCUAUUAAUUCAUUCGCCCAAGUCCCUUGAGUUAGAUCCACUAUUAUUGACUCCUCCGCCUCAGCUGAGACUCUUACGCUUGUGUGGUCAACUGGAAAGGAUGCCAAGCGUAACUGCAUCCCUUGUCAAUAUCUCGUUAUUGACAUUGGUUAAGUGCAGACUGAGAGAUGAUCCAUUCCCGUGCCUUUGGUCGCUGCCAAAUCUGCAAUGGCUUAACCUCUCGGGCGCCUAUGAAGGACGGGAAUUACGAUGCAGAGCCCAGGCGUUUCCUAAGUUGGUCUUUCUGUUCCUUUCGAGAUUGGGAUCUCUUGAAACAGUGAUAUUGGAGGAAGGCUCGAUGCCAAACCUUAAGACGCUUGGGAUCCAUGGCUGCUUGAAGCUGGAACGAGUGCCUCAAGGCAUUCAUCAACUGAGGAACCUGCAAGAGUUGGACAUCACUGAGAUGCCUCCAAAGUUCCUCGAGAGGCUGAAGAAGGAUGGAGGUGAAGAUCGCCCACUUGUUGAACAUGUUCCCAAACUCUUGCUUCUGCGCUACAACGAUAAAGAAGGGUACCAACGAUUGGGGUUCUUCUAGUUUUUGUUCAUUCCACGACAAGUACAAGAUUCGGUGAGUCCAUCCCCUUGUUUCUUCCCUUGAUUUACUAGUUUCCAUCUAUUAGUAUAAGACAAGUAGGUUAUGAAAACUAGUUUCCAUAGCAGAGAAAAAUUAGUUGCAUUUUGCUUAUCAGAUUAUAAUUUUUUCAUGUAUAAUUUUGGUUUUUCAAGUUAGUGAAAAUGAAUUUGUAGCUCUUAUUUGAUCAUUUUUCAUAAAAAUUUGGCUCUUACUGGAAAAAUUACAAAAGGUGAGUUUUUUUUUUUUCUUUGCAAAAGAAGGGUAAACGUAAGUCCAAAACUAUACAUAAUUUCAUAAAAUUUGAGAAAUCGAAUCCAAUCCUAAAUCCUCAUGGGAAUAGUGGUGGCACGAAUUUAGUUCCUACUUAUACCUUUCACUUUCUGAUCCCGAAAACUAGUAAUUCAAAAAUAAUACCCAGCAUGUAUAUAGCUUAUACAGAGAUUUUCACAUGCAGUAGUUAUUCGCCUAUUUUUUUUUUCAUAGGCCUUAUAAAGUACGCCUCUGUAUAUAUUGACAACAGUCCAUCUGUAUACAAGCAAUGGCUUGUGCAGGGUCUUCUGUCAUCUCCUAUCUUUGGCACGGGAUAGGUGAGGUGAACUACAAUUAAAUGUGAGUGGAGCGCUUAAUGAACUGUAAUCUUUCACUAGGUAAUCCUCUUACUGCAGUUCUGACUUAGGGACCAAUUGUUAUUGGCCCAAGAGUUAGUAAUUACUGUGUCUCUUCCUUUGCCUCUCAAGUUACGCCCUCUCUCAAAAAAAAAAAAGAAAAAAAAAAGGAAAAUCUUUUGCAUUUGUUCAAAGAGCUAAGCAUAUGUUGGGUAUGUUAACACACUUGCCCAUUCCAUCCUCCUCAUAACUUGGUUGAGUUAAUGCACGCAGGGGUUCUGAUUUGAUGGAGCACUUUAACCGUUGGCAGAUGUGGAAAAGCAGCUUUUGUCAAAUAAAAGUUUCACAUUCUGCCCUUACGAUUUCCUUCAUUAAUUUUUCGUUUAUUUGGAGGUCAGAGUAUUCCUGGUUGGUGCAGAGUCUUUAUCUUUGACCAAUGGGAAAGUGUCCUUUACUUCCUAAAUACAUGUACUUCGUUCUUCCUUGCUUUAUUUUCCAAUUCUGUUGUGUUGGUUUCACUCCGUUUUCUUGAUUCAGUGUUUCUAGUCAAAUUAGGCUCCCAUUCUCCUGUGGGGAUCAAUAGGGACAAUAAUAUAAUGACAAGUUGUUGGGUUUAACCCAUAGCAAUUGAAUGAUGUGCCCGAAGUAUUCUUUUCA